AUGCGUCUCGACUACGUCCCCAACCCACCCACCAACCUCUCCGAGGCAGACGCGGCCGUACUCGAGCGCGUCAAGGCACGCCGUGGCCCCAAUGGCCUGAUUCCUCUCGAUCUGACACUACUACACUCGCCCGCCGUGACGGACGGCUGGAACGCUCUCCUCGGCGCCAUCCGCACCAAAACCACCCUGUCGGCCUCCAUCCGCGAAAUCGCCAUCUGCCGGCCCGCCCUCCUCAACGCCGCCUGGUUCGAGUGGAACGCACACGCGCCCAUCCUCCUCUCCGCGCCAGACUUCACCGAAGCAAAACUCGACAUCGUCAAGCAACUCCACCCCACGACCCAAGGCGACCUGUCGGACCAAGAAUGGGCCGUGUUGCUGUACGCGGAUGAGAUGACGCGGCAUGUCAAGGUGGACGACAAGACGUUCCAGCGGUUGAGGACCGUGGGGUUCAAUGAGCAGGAGGUGGUGGAGAUUACGGCGACGGUGGCGAGUUAUAAUAUGGUCAGCCGGUUCUUGGUCGCGUUGGAUGUCGGCGAGCAGAAUGCGAAGAAGCCCGAGUGGGCAGCGGAUGUGACGAAUCCUUGA